AUGUCAUCUUCGUCGAACUUGUGGGUUUUGCUCGGCCUCGGGAUUGCCGGAAUAUUGAUUAUGACGAAGAAGCUCAAGCGGGUUGUGAAAGCUGAUUUUGGUGCGUUUAUAGAGCGGCUGCAGCUAUUGCCUCCACCCCAGCCUGCGCCUCCUAAAGCACCCCAUCCUCUUACCGGACUUUCUUUCGCCGUCUCCGACGUAUUUAACAUCGAAGGAUUUGUUACUGGAUUUGGCAACCCAGACUGGUGUAGGACUCACGAGGCUGCUACUCAUACAUGUCUUGCUGCUGCAGCCCUUGUGGAUGGAGGUGCCACAUGUGUCGGAAAAACCGUUGUGGAUGACAUGGCACUGGGGUCUGUUAGUGGAGAAAGCAAGCAUUAUGGUACACCAACUAAUCCUGUCUCACCCAAAAGAAUACCAGGAGGAGCCUCCAGCGGGGCUGCUGUAGCAGUUGCUGCUAAACUUGUUGAUUUUUCUUUGGGCAUAGAUACGGAUGGUGGUGUGCGAUUGCCUGCUGGAUAUUGUGGCAUACUAGGAUUUCGACCGUCUCAUGGGACAGUCUCCCUUUCUGGGUUAACUCCUGUUUCUGGGAGUCUCGACACCGUAGGUUGGUUUGCAAAGGAUCCUAGUGUACUUCGCCGUGUUGGCCAUGUGCUGUUGCAGGUUCCAUAUUCUGCUCAACGCAACCCUAGGAACAUUGUGAUAGCAGAUGACUGUUUCCAGUCAUCAAAAUUUCCAGCAGACCGCAUUACUCAGGUGGUGAUAAAAUCCAUCGAGAAACUUUAUGGAAGACAAGUCUUGAGGCAUCAAAAUCUUAGUGAUUAUAUAAAGUUGAAGGUUCCAAGCUUAAGUAAUAUCAAUGUGGGACAACUGAAUGGUGAAGGGAAAUAUUCUCCUGUUGUAUUGCUGGCAAAUGCCAUGCAGCAGCUUAAGAGGCAUGAAUUCAGAGAAAAUCAUAAUGAAUGGAUCAAUUCUGUAAAGCCUACUUUGGAUCCUAUUAUCUCAGCACAAAUAUCUGAAGAUUUAGAUUCGACUGAUGCAGACGAAGAAAAAUAUUACGCCAUUAGGAGUGAAUUGCGUUCAGCUAUAAAUGCCCUUUUAAAGGGCAAUCAAGCAUUCAAAGACAAGCAAUGGCAGCGAGCUAUUGGAUUUUAUACAGAGGCCAUCAAACUGAAUAGUAAUAAUGCAACAUAUUACAGUAACAGAGCUGCAGCUUAUUUGGAGAUGGGAAGUUUCAUUCAGGCUGAAGCGGAUUGUACUCAAGCAGUUGAUCUCGAUAAGAAGAAUGUAAAGGCCUAUUUGAGAAGGGGAACAGCUCGGGAAAUGUUGGGCUACUACAAAGAAGCAAUAGAAGAUUUCCAUUACGCACUUGUUCUCGAGCCAAAUAACAAAAGAGCAGCUCAGUCGUUGGACAGGCUGAAGAAGCUAUUUCAGUAG